CCCUGGUUGGGAAACACUGCUUUAAAUCUGCAGUGUGACUUUGUCCUAGGCCUGGCUGGAGGCCCAAUAAGGUCCUAGGGUGAAGCUAUGAGGCUCCUGUACAAAGUCGUUGACUGUCCGGGCAGGCUGGGAAUUGUAGUUCUGCAACAGCUGGAGGCACACUGGUUGGGGAACACUGCUUUAGAUUAUGGACUUUGUCCUAUGCCUGGCCGGAAGCCCAAUAAGGUCCUAGGGUGAAGCUAUGGGGCUCCUGUACAAAGCCGUUGGCUGCGGGGCAUGCUGGGAGUUGUAGUUUUGCAACAGCUGGAGGCACAUUACUCGGGAAAAAUUGCUUUAGAUUCUGCAGUUUGACUUUGUCCUAUGCCUGGCCGGAAACCCAAUAAGGUCCUAGGGUGAAGCUAUGGGGCUCCUGUACAAAGCAGUUGUCUAUCCGGGCAUGCUGGGAGUUGUAGUUUUGCAACAGCUGGAGGCACACUGGUUGGGAAACACUGCUUUAAAUUCUGCAGCGUGACUUUGUCCUAGGCCUGGCUGGAGGCCCAAUAAGGUCCUAGGGUGAAGCUAUGGGGCUCCUGUACAAAGUCUUUGGCUGUCCGGGCAUGCUGGGAGUUUUAGUUUUGCAACAGCUGGAGGCACACUGGUUGGGGAACACUGCUUUAGAUUCUGGACUUUGUCCUAGGCCUGGCUGGAGGCCCAAUAAGGUCCUAGGGUGAAGCUCUGUGGCUCCUGUACAAAGCCGUUGGCUGCCGGGCAUGUUGGGGGUUGUAGUUCUGCAACAUCUGGAGGGCCACAGUUUGAGACCACUGUCCUAAAUGAAUCUGAGUUCACAAUAACAGAGCAGAACCGUCCAUACGGCGAGCACCGUGGGAAAAUCUGGUGUAGGGGGCGGAGCCUCGCGGCGGAUCAGGAAUGAAUGGACGCGGCUGUUAUUCUUCCAGUCUCCUGCGCGGCCGUGAUGGAUGACGGCGACAGAAAUAGACGCAAUGUUAUUCCAGAGAAAAACCUCUAAUUCAUAAAAGCUGCUAUAUAAGGAGCAGAAAUCAUGGCGUUACAUGGGACUGCACAGCGUAUCAAGACAGUUAUUACAGUGUUACAUAGGACUGCAGCUCACAACAAAUGACCCCCCAGCGCCCCCUGUGUGUACGGUCAGUCCAGGACAAGUCACCAGUCACCGUCCAGGAUGCCAACACUACCCCCAGUGCCCGAGCAAACUGGAGAUGCCCAGCACCCCUCCCCCCCGCCACCCUCUGCCCCAGUGAAGGACGCCGCGGUCGGGGCUCGGUCCUGUGUUCCUCCAUCUAUCAUCCUACCAGAACCUGGAAAUUGUUUGGAGGAGAAUUAUCUGGAGAGAAGUCGGCCUCACAGUCCGUCCUUCAGAUCCAGCCGUCAGUCCCGCUCUUCGUUCUCCUCUGCGAGCUCCCUGAUCUCUGUGGACAACAAUGGUCACGUGAUCGAUCUGCUCCAUGACAGUCUGCCCAACGUACGGAUGUCGGAGGAGGAUAAGAAGAAGAACCUGCAGUUAUUGGAGGAGGCCAAGAAAGUCAGCGAGAAGUUCCUGACCAGAAGGGGGCGACGCUCGAGGUGCAGCCUCUCUGACUCCCCCACAGGUGUCUCUUCUCCUUCACUGAGCCCCAAAGUGUCUCCUGUGCCCUCCCGGAGCAACUCCUUCACCUUCCCUGCAGCACCAGGACCGGAUCCGUAUCCCAACGUCUUCCCUCCAGCUGCAACAUUACUGCCGAACUCAACCCAGGGACUGACGGAUCGGAAGCAGAACGACCAGCGGAAGAUUUCCCAGGGCCGCCUCACCCCGCGUCCUCUCUGCCUCACAGCCGCAUCCAAGGAAACCCUGUACGAACAGAAGGAAAACCAUGACCCCCUCAAACCCGCCAGCGGCCCCUGUAAACCCCCGGCCCCCGAAAUCUCCAAACUGUCUGUCAUCAAAGCCAGAAUCAGUCCUGAGCAGGAGAUCCACAGACCCAUCCUGAAGAAGCCGGACAACCUGCCGGGACGACCGGGACCUUCCGGGGCUCUGGGUGUCUCCAAUGUGGCCUUCAAGGGCCCCGGGUCAGGUCUAUUUCCUGGUGACUCCAAGUUUGCUACACUGGUGGAACAUAUGACGGCUGGGAACCGGCCCCCGCUCCUUAGGGCCCUCUCCUGGGACAGCGUGGAACCGGAGCAGAGAAACAAAUCCAGUUUGGAAUCACCCGAAAGGGACUUGGCUUCCAACCUCGAUAAAUGUAGCAAUAAACUUCCCAAAUUCGCCGUAAUGAAGGACGUUCAUAUCCAACCGGUGCGGCUGCAGAAGCUGACCAAACUGCGGGAGGAACAUAAACUGAUGAGAAGUCAGAACCUCACGGGACAGAAGCUUCCAGACCUCAGCGAGGCGGCCGAGCAGGAAAGAGGUCCUUCUCCUGUCCAGUCCACAGAGGAUGAAGAAGAGAAGGGAGAAGCUGAAUCCGAUGUGAUGCCCAAUAUACCGGACAUCUUACUGAGGAAACUGCGAGUACAUAAAGGCCUCCCAAACAGUGCCCCCGCGCUGAGCGAGAAGGAAGUCGAGAACGUGUUCAUCCAGCUUUCCUUGGCGUUCCGGAAUGACAGCUACACGCUGGAAUCCCGGCUGAACCAGGCGGAGAGGGAGCGGAACCUGACGGAGGAAAACAACGAAAAGGAGCUGGAGAACUUCAAGGCGGCGAUUAUGUCUUCCGUCUCCUUAUGGCAGAGCAGUGACCAUCGUGAGGCUUAUCAGAAGUUACUGGAGGACAUCACCGUUCUCCACCGUCUGAUCACCAGACUGUCCAGCAGGGCAGAGAUGGUCGGUGCGGUGCGCCAGGAGAAGCGCAUGUCUCGGGCCACGGAGGUGAUGAUGCAAUACGUGGAGAACCUGAAACGGACAUACGAGAAAGACCACGCCGAACUGAUGGAGUAUAAGAAACUCGCCAACCAGAACUCCAGCCGCAACUAUAGCGCAACCGAGGACGGCGUCCCCCGAUCCUCGCGCUCCAUGUCACUGACCAUUGGGAAGAACAUGCCGCGCAGGAGGGUGAGCGUCGCUGUGGUUCCUAAAUUUAAUCUGCUGAACAUCCCAGGACAGUCCCCGAACUCGUCCCCGCUCCCCACCCUGUCUGCUCUGGCAGAGUCUCCCGGCAGUAGCGGCGGCAGCAGCAGGAGCAGUGUACCAGCAUCUCCGGGACUCUCUCCACUGAUAGAAAAUGGGAAGCCUGGCGAGGAUACAGACACGUGUGUGAUCCUGGGGUCUGUGGUGGCACCGAACUGUGCAGAGGACAUCAGUGCGGAGAUUAAAGCCAAGAUUGAGGAGGAGGCGUAUAACAAGGGGUACCAGGAAGGUUUAAAGAAGGUUCAAGGUCUUCAGGAAUUAAAAGAAGAAGAGGAGAAGUUAAGUGAGUGUCCGGCGGAGUAUGAACAGGAGGAGAAGGAGGAAUUCACCAAGCUGAAGAGCAGUAAAAUUGAAGAAUGCCUUGACUACUUACACAUGCUGUAUCCCAAGUUAUUGAACCACUGGAGCGUCUUCUCCAUCAUGGCGGCUGGCAUCGUCCUCCUGGCCGUCUUGUUGAGUAUUUAUAAUUCCUUCUCUUCAUGCACUGAAAUGCCAGACGGGGGCCACGGUAAGGCCACGUGCUCCGUACCCCAGAGAUACUCCUGGUGGACCUCAGGGUCUCAGCACAAGCAGCGGCGGCAGUAGAAGACAAAGGUCCAUACUUGGCCCGGUCCGUCAAGAAGGUCCAUGGGACAAUGAGACGCCUAUUGAGAAGGAACUCUACGGAAAGGGAGAUUGGAAGUUUAUGGGGUCCGGGUGUAGGGUGACUCCAUAUUUCAUCACACGGGCAUUGACUACAAGUCCUAUUUGUGGUCCAGCGUUAAUAUGGAGGGCGCUGUGGCCACGGGCACAACUCUAAGGGGGAUGAUGCACAGUGGGUGUAAAGCUGUGUUUCCCAACCAGUUUGCCUCCAGCUUUGCAAAACUACAACUCCUAGCAUGCCC